AUGGAGGCCGGAAUCUCAGUUCUCCACGAGAGUCUCUUAGCAAGUGGCCACCGCGAACCACUUCUCGUCAUCACCGGCCCGUCCAUGUCCACACACGUCAGGGCGAGAAUGGCAAGAAUGCCUCUCAUCAGGAUUUUUCGCACGUCCUCGGGAUACAAAGGGUUUUGCAAAACUUCGAAAAGUACUAAAACCGCUCACAUCAGUGAUUGCGCACAUCUUAAGAUUAUGCUUUUCUCGCUUGACAAUGUCAAGAAAGUCGUUUUCUUGGAAUAUGAUACCAUCGUCAUGAGGCCUCUCACCGAAUUGGUACAACUUCCGCCCUUCUCCGCAGUUCGGGAACCGCACGUUGCUGAUUUCGAAACGGCGGUAAUGGUUCUCGUCCCAGACCCGCAAGUGUACGGCUUAUUGCGCAAGGACUUUUGCAAUGACGUCAACCAUGACCGUAACACGAGUGAUCAUCGUGCGCUGCGAAAAAUCGUCCCAAAGGACGCAUGGACUGAAGCGUCUGACACGUACAAUGUGCCUCAGCAGCAUAUGGAUGUCAUGUGGUAUCGGAGUGUCGAAAAGAGGCCCGCAAUUAUUCACUACAAGGGUGCCACAAAGCCCUGGAAUUGGUGGCGCUUGGGGAGUGGUGAACCAAUCUCAACGGACGCUUUUAACAGAUGGUGCAAAUUUGCUGCAACCACGCGCUUUGCGUGUGGCGCUCCCGAGUGGGGUGACGCCAUGAAGCCCCCCAUGAAACCAACCAGCUGGUCGAGCAAGAAUAAGAUUACCGUGAUACUAUCAACCUUCCACAGACCCACUUGGGUCGAGUUGUUGCGCCUCUACGUGAGCUUCAAGACUGUGAGUCGUGUCGUUUUGGUUUGGCAUGACCCGUUCGGAGACCCGCCGUCAGCAUCUACGUUGGGACCAAAGGUUGUUGUCUGGCAGCCGAAGAGAGACUCUUUGAACAAUCGCUUCUUCGCACCGGGAAAUUUAGAAGAUUGUGUGUACAUCGCUGAUGACGAUAUGCAGGUGACCGAGUCGCAGCUAAAACAAGGAUUUCGUGCAUGGAAGAGUCAUACGCGACGGCUAGUGGGCUUCUUUCCCAGGAGAUGGACGAUGGAUAGUCCGUACUACUCGACUCGCGUGCAUGAUGGAUACAACAUCGUUCUCACGAAGGGUUUAUUCACACACCGAUAUUUUCUGUACAUGUACGUGCACCUGCUGCCGGCGCGUAUCAAAGAAGUAGUUAAUGAAUUUUCCAACUGCGAAGAUAUCCUGUUCAACAUGAUGGUCUCCGGGUACAAUGGACUGGCGCCAAUGCACGUUCUCGUUGAAGGGUCGAUAGUGGACCUCGGCCGCGAUGGAGGGAUUUCGUCUAGUGGAUCGCAUUAUGCAACGCGUUACAAAUGCGUGCACGCACUUAUUCAUGAGAUGGGAUUGAAGAAGGCACCACUGUCACCAGGGUCCUAUUCAGAAAAGCCUUUAAAGAAUAAAGAAAAGAGGUGA